AUGCUACCCGCAGUAGGAAAUGAUGUGCUCUCCGCCAAUCCCAACUUCGAGGCGCUGUAUCGUGAUUUGUGCGUGAACAAGCUGAACGCCAAUGCCACGACCAAGGUCGAUCCGAAAGUACAAAAGGAGAGAAAUGCUUUCGAUGAAGAACUCCGCGCGGCGCGAAGCGAGGCAACCAAACGGGCUAUUAUCAAGUCCUAUUUGGACUCUCUCUCGUACAGGAGCGACCAGUUGCCCGCAGAGCUCCAGGAGCUCGUGGCCAUUAUCGCCGCAGCUCUGCAGUCACAGAUGCCCAAAGAAGAUGCUGGGUUGUUGAGAGAAGACAUUGAUAAAUUUCAAGAAAGCGUCAAACCCAUUGCGAAAGAAAUAUGGAAAACGGCACUCGAUGACCUCGUCACACUGGCCCGCAUCUCUGCCCCAGAAGCACACUCCGACGGCGACGAUCUGCCCGCUCGAAUCCAAAGACAAAAAGACAACAUCGCCGUCCUCGAAGAAUCCCUCGCGGCAACACGCCUCCAUCUCACCCACGAGGCCACACACAUCCACGCACUCUCCCGCCAAGCGCUGGAGAAGUGCAUUCGCACUCUCGAACAAGUCCUACACGGCUCCGUCUCGCGCAGCACCAAAGCCCGAGCCGAGUACUGCCAAAUUGUGGCCGAAGGCAUGAGUAAGAAGCUCCAAGUCCAACGCGCUCAACUGCUCUCGCAGACCAAAUCUCCUGAAUGGGAGGCCGCGCUCCAGACACACGCGGCACAUGUCGAUCGUGAGCAUAUGGCGUGUAAACGUAGGAUUCGGGAGGUGGAAGAGCAGCUGGAGGCUUAUUACCAACAAACUACUUCUGCUGCUACUACUACUGGUACUGGUAUGUCGAGCCGAGGUGUUUCUGCUGCGGAAUAUAAACAAUAUAGUGAGAUUAUCCGAGAAGUAAGCAAGAUGAGAGCGGAUAUUGCAAAAGUAGAGAACAGAUGA